CUGCCCGCGCGUCUUCUCAGCACGAGGUGUGUGUUCCCUGCUCCGUCCGGUGCCUCCGCAAAUUCAGCAGCAACAGAAGCAACAACAAUGUCCUGGAACGGCUACAUCGAUAACCUGACGUGCGAGAAAGUGCAGGAGGCGUGUAUCUGCGGCUACAAGGGGACCCCGUCCGUAUGGGCCUGCACUCCCGGCGGAGUCUUCAGCAACAUAACGCCUGCUGAGAUCAAUGCGUUGGUGUCGCCCAACCGAGAGUCGCUAUUUGUCAAUGGUCUGACCAUAGGCGGAGUCAAGUGCUCCGUGCUCAGGGAUGAGUUCGCUGUGGUCGACAACCAGGUGAUGGAUCUGAGGACUAAGAACCCCAACGGGCCCACCUACAAUGUCUCCAUCUGCAAAACUGAGCAAGCUCUGGUCAUGGUCAUGGGGAAGGCCGAGGUGCACGGGGGGUGUCUGAACAAGAAAGUCUUUGACAUGGGCAAGUACCUGAGAUGUUCUGGCUACUGAUGCCCCCCGUUACUACUGAUACAUUCACCUGUUCAGCUGCCAACAUCGGACCAACUGAUAUACCCCCCCACCCAUUAUUUUUUGAUUCCCAUGUUUUUUUCUUUUUUUAAUGGCCUCUUCUCGCUGCCCCUCCCCCUGUCAUCAGAAUGAAUGGAGAUUUUUCAGGGAAACAAAUUUAUAUCUGAUUUAAAAAAAAAAAUAAAAUAAAAGUUUGCU